GUCAAAAUUAAUAUUAGUUUAGUUAUUUUUAAUUUUAUUUUGAAGGCUUUGUCUGAGAACGGAAAGCCGGAAGUAGUCACAUUAUACAGGAAACGGUCGCUGCAGUCUAACCGCUGUAAACUGUGCUGCUUGACCCGGUGUUCCCGUCCACCUCAGGCCACCAUGUCUCGUACCCGUCAGCCCCCGCUGGUCACGGGCAUCUCGCCCAAGGAGGGUGCGGCUUGGACCAAAGUCACCAUCCGAGGAGAGAACCUAGGCACAGGCCCAGCCGACCUCAUCGGUCUGUCGAUCUGCGGCCAUAACUGCCUGCUGACAGCCGAGUGGAUGUCAGCCAGCAAGAUAGUGUGCCGCGUGGGUCCUGCCAAAGACGACAAGGGAGAGAUCAUUGUCACCACCAAGUCUGGGGGUCUCGGCACCUCCACGGUCUCCUUCAAACUGCUCAGGCCCGAGAGGAUUGGUAUCCUGGACCAGUCUGCUGUGUGGGUGGAGGAGAUGAACUACUACGACAUGAGGACCGACCGCAACAAAGGCAUCUCCCCCCUCUCCCUGCGACCCAGCAAUCCACUGGGCAUCGAGAUAGACAAAGGCAAAAUCCCACAGAAAGACAUCGAGCUGACAUUUCCAGGGAUGAGUGGAGACUUCACCAGUGAGAACUUUUCUGCCACCUGGUACCUCAUAGAAAACCACACAGGCUCCAGUUUUGAGCAUUUGAAGAUUGCGGCCAAUAACCUGAAGAAGCAGGCUACUAAGAAGAACGAGGGGAGUCUGGCCUAUGUGAAAGGAGGCCUCAGUACGUUCUUUGAGGCCCAGGACGCUCUGGCAGCGAUCCACCAGAGGCUGGAGUCUGAUGGCACAGAGAGAGUGGAGGGAUCCAUGACCCAACGACUAGAAAACAUCCUCAACAGAGCGAGUGAUACUGCAGAUACUCUUUUCCAGGAGGUCUUGGGGCGGAAGGACAAAGCUGACUCCACACGCAAUGCACUCAACGUCCUGCAACGUUUCAAGUUUCUUUUCAACCUGCCACUCAACAUUGAACGCAACAUCCAAAAGGGUGAUUACGAUGUGGUGAUCAAUGACUAUGAGAAAGCCAAAUCCCUCUUUGGCAAUACUGAAGUCCCUGUUUUCAAAAAAGUGUAUGCUGAGGUUGAGACGAGGAUCGCAGCUCUGAGGAGUCUCUUACUGGAGAAACUGCUGCAAACCCCGUCGACGCUGCACGACCAGAAGAGAUACAUCAGGUACCUGUCGGACCUGCACGCUCCAGGCGACCCAGCAUGGCAGUGCAUCUACGCUCAACACAAGUGGAUCCUGCAGCUGAUGCAAAACUGCAGAAAUGAGUUCAUCAGUGGCCAGAGAGUGAGUGUCGGAGCUCUGGACUCGGAGGGGGAUGCCCGUCCGUCGGCCCUCGGCAGACUCAGCCAUACUGCGUCUCUGAAGAGAGGGGGCAGCCUGAGAACACCGCGGCCCAGCACCUGGCGCUUUGAAACCCCGCAGCAGGUGCAGUUUGUGGAGAAGCUGUCAGAUGUGGUGAUCGGUCAGUUGCCCAACUUCUGGAAGCUUUGGAUCUCUUAUGUUAACGGGAGUCUUUUCAGUGAGACUGGAGAGAAAUCUGGGCAGGUGGAGAAAUCCAAGAAGAACGCCAGACAGAGACAGAACGACUUCAAAAAAAUGAUCGAGGAGAUGACCCAUCGGCUGGUGAAGCUCAUUCGAGGGGCUUUUCUCCCCACCACUCUGCCACAGGGGGAGCUGAGUUUUUACGGAGGCUGGGAGAACAAGACGGAGCUCACUGGAGCCUGGCUCACACAAAUCAUACACACCGUCAGGGCGUGUCAUGAGGCGAUGUCGGCUCUGGAGAUCCCGAAUGACUUGCUGCAGGUGAUCCAGGAUCUGCUGCUGGAGCUGAGAGUUCACUGCCUCAUGGUGACUCUGCUGCACACGACAGAAGAUGUCAAGAGGCUCGCUGAGAAGGAGGACUGGGUCGUGGAUAACGAGGGAAUCACCAGCCUGCCUUCACAGUUUGAACAGUGCAUGAUCCAGAUGCUGCAGUCGCUCAAAGAGCCCCUGGAGAUCAAACCUGGAGAAAUCAAUGUGCUGCAGUUAGACCAGGUGCAGGACCAGGCCACAGAGCUCAGUGUGGGCAUCAUGAAGGUUUUCAUAAACUGCUUGGAGCAUCUGAGCACUAAAACUGACAGAGACAUCGAAGCAUCUCACAACAUUUCAGUGGACCUGUCCUCUCCAGAUCGCUUCACUGGAGUUCACGAAGGCUUCAGUCCAACAUCUGAGCAGCGUCUACUGAUCAUUCUAAGUAACUGCCAAUACCUGGAGAGACGCACCUUCCUGAACCUGGCCAAUUACUUUGAGAAGCACGGCCUCACAGGCACCGAGAAGAUCACACGGGUGAGUGUGGACGACGUACGAGAGCUGGAUAGAAAACUCUUUGAGGCCUACAUCGAGAGACGAGCUGACCCGAUCGCAGGCUCUCUGGAGCCGGGCAUCUACGCUGGAUACUUUGACUGGAGAGACUGCCAAACACCUACAGGUGUGAGGAACUACCUGAAGGAAGCUCUGGUCAACAUCAUCACAGUUCAUGCUGAGGUCUUCACGGUGUCUAAGGACCUGGUACCUCGGGUUUUGUCGAAAAUUGUUGAGUCAGUUGCGGACGAGAUGUGUCGUCUCAUGCAAUGUGUGUCUUCCUUCAGCAAAAAUGGAGCCCUGCAGGCUCGACUUGAACUCUGUGCUCUGAGAGACGCCAUAGCCGCAUACCUAAGCUCUGAUAGCAAUGCCAGCUUCAAACUGGCUUUGGACGCUCUUCCUCAGCUACACAGCGGAGCCGAUAAGAAGUUAUUGGAAGAGCUGUUGAACAAGUUUAAAAGCAGCAUGCAGCUCCAGCUCACCUGCUUCCAGCCCUCCUGCAUCCAGCCUGUUAAGAGAUAAACUACAGUCACUCUAUCUACCACUAUACUACACUCUUUGUUUCUCACCUAUGUGCUACUUUUAACCGUUUCUUUUCAUUUAUCACUUCAAGAAUCUAACACAGAAUGAGUUGAUUUCAUUGUUACUGUGUAGGACAGUCCCAGUCAUGUUUGUUAUGCUAAUCACAUACGACUACGAACAGGGAGUGUGCAAGUGGCCAACUGGCAAGUUUCAAGAAAGUGCUGGGUCAGCAGUGCAAUGUAAGCUGUGACCAAGAUGUAUUCUACAUGCUGAAGCUUUGUACUGUGUCAUCCGUACUGCCCAAUAAAGUAAGAACACUUACAUUUAAAAA